AUGAUUCGCGUCUUUCUUGUCUUCGCCGCGAUUUCUUGCCUGGCCAAUGGUCUCAAUAGCUUAAAUAAAAACGUCACUUGCAGAGUAAAGCCAUUAAGCAGAUGCUUCCCCGGAAGUUUAUGUCCUUCUGGAUUUACUUGCUUGGAAGAUAGCGAUGAGUGCUGCGAAGACUCACAAGUUGUAUUGCCACCAAAGGAGUGCAAAGAUUUUAUGGAACACUGCGAUACACUGCAUUGUGAUCAUGUGGAUUUUAUCGAGUUUGCGAAAGCAAAUUGCGCUAGGACAUGCAAUUUUUGCUUUGAGAACGCUACGUUAUCUCCAGAAUAUGCUUGUACCGAUUUAAUCGACGAUUGUGACAAACGAAUGAAUCUAUGUCGUGACAUGGACUUUAUGGAUAUGAUGGCAAUAUUUUGCCCACGUACUUGCAUGCUUUGCACUCAUCUUCCAGAAGAUCGAAAUUGUCAGGACACUUUAAAAGAUUGCGCUGUUCGUGAAGAACGUGAUCGUUUUUGCACAACUACAAAGACUUCCCUGUAUCAGAAGACGAUGGGAUGUGGAGUCACCUGCAAUAAAUGCAAAAGGGGAAUUUUUUCCUAGGAAAAAAAAUCCUCAUGGCAUUUGACAAAAAUUUACUUUGGCAAGACUUUAUCGCAGUACUAUAAAUAUUCAC